GGCCCUCGCGGGCCUCGCCCGGCCGGGCGGGUCCCCAGAGGGCGCCGGCGGCGAGGGCGGGGAGGCUGGCACCGUCGGCGCCGUCGGCACCCGCGCCGCGCGGAGCGAGGACCGAGCGGCGCGGAGGAUCGGCCUUGCGGCCGGGCACAAGGUCUUCCAGAGGCUGAGCAGGGAGGCUCGCGCCGCCAAGCUCGCGGCGUCCUACUCCACGGUGCCCUCCUCGCACUCGCGGUCCGAUGGCGACACAGCCGAAGCUGGGACGGCCCCCGCGCGCAGCGGCAGCGGGGCCCUGCGCAAGAUGUCGCUCUCCCCACCGGUCUCCGCGCGCUCCCCGGGCGGCGCGGACUACCCCCUGCUCCCCCAGCGCAGCUCGAGCGGGCUCUGCCUGGGCAGCGCGGACUACGCCCUGAACCCUCUGACCCCCUCGGGCGGGCUGUCUCUGGUGCCCGAGCGCAGCUCGAGCGGGCUCGUGACCUCCGCGAGCUUCGCCUCCGACGAGCCGCAGACGACGCCGCGCGGGCCCCCGCAGGACCGCGGCGGCGUCGGGGAGGUCAAGAGGAUAUACCCUGGGAACGGCGUCAACGACCAGAAGAGGUUCAACCACUGGCUGUACCACAGCGUGGAGCGGCUGGUGGGCCUACACCGUGACGUCGUCAUGUGCUACCACGUCGGCGCCGUCCACGUCAUCAGCGUGUCCGAGUACUCGGAGUCCAGCCUGUGCGCGCAGCAGGCGCGCAUCCGCCCGUUCACUCUCCGCGAGAGAGGGGAGGGCCACGGAGACGUGCUCUGCGGCUUCGACCCCAGGAGGUUCAGCUGGGAGUUCAACGGCUUCGCCGAGGGGCUGCUGGUGGUGUCUUGCCUGGAGCUCUCCCAGGAUGCGGCGCUGGCCUCGCCGACGAGCUCGGCGUCCGGGACCCACCAGCAGGGCCUGAUGCACGCGGUCAGCGCCGUGUCGCUGCGGCUGCUCCCGGCGACGGCCGCCGCCUCCGCGUGGGCCCGGCCUGCCUCGCCCGUUGGGCGCCGCUGCGACGCCGGCUUCUACUCGCACCUGCGGCUGGGCUGCGCGAGGUCGGACGCGCUCACCGUCGACGUCACCAUCUUGCCCCGCAGCGCCCUGCCCAAGCGUCAGGACGGCACUGUGGCGGCCCCUUUCAGCUGGGUCCACGCGGAAGCUGCGCAGUGCAGGGCAGAGUUGGACGAGCUGGAGAACGUGCCGAUAGAGUUGGAGGCCCCUGCGACCCAUGCUGCCUCACCAGAUCCGUCGCAGCAGGCCUCAGCGGGCACGGGGAGCCGACGGCGCAGUGGCCGCAGUCCAGGGUGCAGCCUGUCGCUUUAG